AUGUUAAACAAAAUAAUGAAGAGGGGGCAAAAAAAGCCCUCGAAGCCUGGAGCAGUCGAGCCUCCAGUCUCAGCGGGCCGGCCCCCGGACAUCAAGGUCAACCAUGCCUCCCGCCAGCCCGGCCCAUUGGCGCAGGCCCAACUCCCCAUUCCCCCUAUCCCCGGCGUGGUUGAGGUUCUUACAGCCCUUAAGGACACCCCUCUGGCCGAGCGGCACGCUCUUUUCGUCCGAAAGGUCCGAAUCUGCUGCAUCCCCUUCGACUUCUCGGACACCAUGAAAUCAGCCCGCGAGAAGGAGAUCAAACGCCAGACCCUAGCCGAGCUUGUCGACCUCGUCCAGUCCGGCUCUUGCAAGAUGAACGAGAUCAUGCAAGAGGAGCUUGUCCGUAUGAUCGCCUUCAAUCUGUUCCGCUGCCUCCCGCCUGCCCCCCACGAGAAUUCUGGCUCCGAGGGUGGGGAUCCGGAGGAAGACGAGGUCUUUGCGGACCCAGCUUGGCCCCACUUGCAGCUCGUGUACGAGCUGCUCUUGAGAUACGUUGUCUCGUCUGAUAUGGAGACUCGGGUCGCCAAGAGGUAUCUGGACCACACGUUCAUGCUGAGGCUACUCGACCUCUUUGACUCAGAGGACAUGAGGGAGAGAGAGUAUCUAAAGACUAUUCUCCAUAGGAUAUAUGGGCGGUUCAUGGUUCAUCGGCCAUUUAUAAGGAACGCGAUUAAUAACAUUUUAUAUCGGUUUAUAUUCGAGACCGGGAGGUACAAUGGGGUGGGGGAGUUGCUUGAGAUACUCGGGAGCAUUAUAAACGGGUUUGCGUUGCCGAUGAAGGAGGAGCACAAGCUGUUCCUUGUGCGAGCCCUGAUUCCCCUGCACAAGCCUAAGUGCGUGGCUGCGUACCACCAGCAGCUGACAUACUGCACGGUUCAGUUUGUGGAGAAGGAUUACAGGCUUGCUGAAGUUGUUAUCCGGGGGGUGCUCAAGUACUGGCCAGUCACCAACUGCGGGAAGGAGGUUCUGUUCUUGGGAGAGUUGGAGGAGAUUCUGGAGGUCACACACUCUGUGGAGUUCCAGCGGUGCAUGGUACCUCUGUUUAGGCAGAUCGGGCGGAGUCUCAAUAGCCCGCAUUUUCAGGUUGCCGAACGAGCUCUUUUCUGGUGGAACAACGAGCACAUAGUGGGCCUGAUUGCCGAUAACCGGCACGUGAUUCUCCCCAUCAUAUUUGACUCGCUCGAUAACAACAUAAGGGGCCACUGGAAUCAGGCGAUCAACGGCCUCAGCUCUAACGUGUGUCGAAUGUUCCUGGAGAUGGACAGCGAGCUUUUCGAGGAUUGCCAGAGGCAAAACGAGGAGAGAGAGGCCAAAGCCUGCGAACGUGAAGAGCAACGUGUCUCCACAUGGAUGAGGCUCGAACAAUUCGCUACACAGGUCAGUUAG